AACUCAUCUCACCGUUUCCGGCGAUUACUGAUUACGUCGAUGAGAACGGCGCAUGCGUAGUUUGAUAGGUAAACAAUAUGGCGGCGUCCUUACAGCGUUUCACAUCUUGUGGGAGAUUUCUCCUACAGAGAUUGAAGAGGAACUCUUUACAUGGGUUCUCAGCCGGGCCACACAGACUCUGGGCUACCCAGGCCGCCCACCAGGUGGCGCUGAACGUCCCUGAGACCCGGGUGACGGCGCUGGAGAACGGGCUCCGCGUGGCCUCCGAGGACGCGGGGCUCACCACCUGCACGGUGGGCCUCUGGAUAGACGCCGGCAGUCGCUACGAGAAUGAGAGAAAUAAUGGCACGGCGCAUUUUUUGGAGCAUAUGGCGUUUAAGGGCACAAGGAAACGCUCCCAGCUGGAUCUGGAGCUGGAGAUCGAGAACAUGGGGGCUCACCUGAACGCCUACACGUCCCGCGAGCAAACCGUGUAUUACGCCAAAGCUUUCUCCAAGGACCUGCCACGAGCUGUGGAGAUCCUGGCAGACAUCAUCCAGAACAGUACGCUGGGGGAGGCGGAGAUUGAGCGGGAGCGAGGUGUGAUCCUCAGAGAGAUGCAGGAAGUGGAGACCAAUCUGCAGGAAGUGGUCUUCGACUACCUGCACGCCACGGCCUAUCAGACUACGGCUCUGGGCAGGACCAUCCUGGGACCCACAGAGAACAUCAAGACCAUCAACAGAGGCGACCUGGUGGAGUACAUCACUACUCACUACAAAGGCCCCAGAAUCGUGCUGGCUGCAGCAGGAGGAGUUUCACACGAUGAGCUCAUUGAUUUGGCCAAGUAUCACUUUGGAAAACUUCCUGGCAGAUAUCAAGGUGAAGCUCCGGAACUUCCUGCCUGCCUCUUCACAGGAAGUGAGAUCCGUGUGCGUGACGACAAGAUGCCCCUGGCCCAUAUCGCCAUCGCCGUGGAGGCGGUGGGCUGGUCUCACCCCGACACCAUCCCCCUCAUGGUGGCAAACACGCUCAUCGGGAACUGGGACCGCUCGUUCGGUGGAGGCGUGAACCUGUCCAGUAAACUGGCCCAGAUGGCCUCUCAGGGGAACCUGUGCCAUAGCUUCCAGUCCUUCAACACCUGCUACACUGACACAGGCCUGUGGGGGCUCUACAUGGUGUGUGAGCCCGGCACCAUCAGGGACAUGAUGCACUUCACCCAGAUGGAAUGGAUGUCUCUGUGUACGAGUGUGACGGAGAGCGAGGUGGUUCGUGCCAAGAAUCUGCUCAAGACCAACAUGCUGCUGCACCUGGACGGAUCCACCCCCAUCUGCGAGGACAUUGGCCGACAGAUGUUGUGCUACAGCCGCAGGAUCCCGCUGCAUGAGCUGGAGGCCAGGAUCGAUGCCAUUGAUGCUCAGACCAUAAAGGACGUGUGCACCAGAUACAUCUACAACAAGGCUCCUGCCAUCGCUGCAGUUGGUCCAAUUGAACAACUGCCAGACUACAAGCAGAUCCGCAGUGGAAUGUUCUGGAUGAGGACCUGAGGACCGAUGACCUUUGUACUGUACAGCAUAUGAAACACAAACAAAGUAUUCAAGUCUCAUGUCUGUAUGUUUUUUUCCUCCUUUAAUUUUUUAUUAUAAAAUAAAGAGCAACACAUUAAUGUUAAAAUAA